AUGGCCCCCACUAACACCCUCCCCGCCUGGGCUGAGCUCCAAGCUCACCAUGAGAUUGUCGGCAAAGCCUUCGUGCUCAAAGAGGCCUUCAAGGCCGAUCCCGAGCGCUUCCAGAAGUUCUCUACGACCGUCAAGCUUCCUGCCGACAUCUCUACCGAGCCCAAUGGCACCGAGAUUCUCUUCGACUUCAGCAAGAACCUGGUGACGGAGGAGACCCUGGACCUCCUCAUCAAGCUGGCCGAGCAGGCUGGCCUUGAGAAGAAGCGCGAUGCCAUGUUUGCUGGUGAAAAGAUCAACUUCACCGAGAACCGCGCCGUCUAUCAUGCCGCGCUGCGCAAUGUCACCAACCAGGAGAUGAAGGUCGACGGCGUCGACGUCAUGAACACGAAGGGUGGUGUGAAUGACGUCCUCGAACACAUGCGUGUCUUCUCCGACCAGGUCCGCAGCGGCGAGUGGACGGGUUACACCGGGAAGAAGUUGACCAACAUCAUCAAUGUCGGCAUUGGCGGCUCUGACCUUGGGCCUGUCAUGGUCACUGAGGCCCUCCGGCACUACGGCGCCAAGGACAUGACUCUGCACUUCGUGUCCAACAUUGACGGCACCCACAUCGCCGAGGCCCUCGCCAACUCGGACCCCGAGACCACUCUGUUCCUGAUAGCCUCCAAGACCUUUACGACUGCUGAGACAACCACCAAUGCCAACACGGCCAAGCAGUGGUUCCUUGAGAAGACUGGCGGCAAGGGCGAUAUCUCGAAGCACUUUGUCGCCCUGUCUACCAACGAAGAGGAGGUUGUUAAGUUCGGUAUUGACCCAGCCAACAUGUUCGGCUUUGAGAACUGGGUUGGCGGUCGCUACUCCGUCUGGAGCGCCAUUGGCUUGAGCGUUGCUCUGUAUGUCGGCUUCGAUAAUUUCUACAAAUUUCUAGCCGGCGCCCACGCCAUGGAUCAGCACUUCCGAACAGCCCCUCUGCGCCAGAACGUCCCUGUCCUUGGUGGCCUGCUCAGCGUCUGGUACACCAACUUUUUCAACGCCCAAACUCAUUUGGUUGCCCCAUUCGACCAGUACCUGCACCGCUUCCCUGCCUACCUGCAGCAGCUGUCCAUGGAGUCUAACGGCAAGACCAUCACCUCGGACGGCACACCGGCCAAGUACCAGACCGGCGCCGUGCUGUUCGGUGAGCCGUGCACCAACGCCCAGCACUCCUUCUUCCAGCUGGUCCAUCAGGGUACCAAGCUCAUCCCGGCAGACUUUAUCCUCGCGGCCAAGUCGCACAACCCAGUUUCGAACAACCUCCACCAGAAGAUGCUGGCGUCGAACUACCUUGCCCAAGCUGAGGCCCUCAUGGUGGGCAAGACAGCCGACGAGGUGCGCGCUGAGGGCAACGUGCCCGAGUCUCUCGUCCCCCACAAGGUCUUCCUGGGCAACCGGCCGACGACCAGCAUCCUGGUGGGCGGUGCUAUUGGCCCGGCAGAGUUGGGCGCUCUGAUUGUCUACUACGAGCACCUGACCUUCACGGAGGGUGCUGUCUGGGACAUCAACAGCUUCGACCAAUGGGGUGUCGAGCUCGGUAAGGUCCUAGCCAAGAAGAUCCUCAAGGAGCUGGACGAGGAGGGCAAUAAUGGCGAGGCCCACGACGCCUCGACCGGUGGCCUGUUGGCUGCGUUCAAGAAGUACGCGAACCUCUCAUAG